CAGCAAGUUUGCUUACAUUUACUUAUUGUUUGCUGCCCAGACAAAGUGUAAUUUGUGUCUCUCUUCGGUAUUCUUCGACAUAAAAGUCGUCAGAGGACCGUUGGGAUAAAACAGGAUUUUAAUUUCUGUUAAGAAUUGAAGAUUUGCAAGUUUUUUUUUGACAAAAACCAAUAUACAUUCAAGUCAUCUCUUGUUUAUUCAUUGGAAAAAUGUUUCAUUUGAAUAAAAUAACCAGAUCUUCAGCUGCUUUAAAGCAAGUUCCUGGAUCCGAUGUUAUUCAAAGUGCCUUAGCACGCGCAAUACCGGCUACUGGAAGUAUUCAAUGUCGAGGUUAUGCCGAUCAUCAGAUUCCUGAACGUUUAAAGGAUGUUCCAAAUGCUGCAAAUCCAAAAUUUUUCGAUAUGGUGGAAUAUUUCUUUCAUCGUGGAUGUCAAAUUGUUGAGGACAAGCUUGUCGAGGAUGUUGGUAAAGGAUCAAGAAUUACUCUCGAGGAAAGAAAAAAAAAGGUCAAGGGUAUCCUGAUGAUGAUGGAACCUUGUGAUCAUAUUUUGGAAACAACUUUUCCAUUGAGACGUGACUCUGGUGAUUAUGAAAUGAUCACUGGGUAUAGAGCUCAACAUUCAACUCAUCGAACACCCUGCAAGGGAGGUAUACGUUUUUCGAUGGACGUCUGUCGUGAUGAGGUCAAGGCAUUAUCCGCUUUAAUGACCUUCAAAUGCGCUUGUGUUGAUGUGCCAUUUGGUGGCGCUAAGGCUGGAAUCAAAAUUAAUCCAAAGAAUUAUUCUGAACAUGAGCUUGAAAAAAUUACCCGAAGGUUUACACUUGAAUUGGCCAAGAAGGGAUUUAUCGGACCGGGUGUUGAUGUUCCUGCACCUGAUAUGGGAACUGGUGAACGUGAAAUGUCCUGGAUAGCAGACACUUAUGCCAAAACAAUUGGACAUUUAGAUAUUAAUGCUCACGCUUGUGUCACUGGCAAACCUAUUAAUCAGGGAGGAAUUCAUGGACGUAUUUCUGCAACUGGUCGCGGUGUUUUCCAUGGUUUAGAAAACUUUAUAAACGAAGCAAAUUAUAUGGGAAUGAUUGGAACGACACCAGGUUGGGGUGGCAAAACUUUCAUUUUGCAAGGUUUUGGUAAUGUUGGUUUGCAUUCAAUGAGAUAUUUGCAUCGAGCAGGAGCUGUUUGUACUGGUAUUAUCGAACAUGAUGGCUCUAUCUACAAUCCAGAAGGCAUUGAUCCCAAACAAUUGGAAGAUUAUCGCAAUGAGCAUGGAACAAUUGUUGGAUUCCCAGGUGCUAAACCUUAUGAAGGUGAAAAUCUCAUGUAUGAACCUUGUGAUAUUUUCAUUCCGGCCGCUAUUGAAAAAGUCAUAACAACGGAAAAUGCCGGACGAAUUCAGGCGAAAAUUAUUGCCGAAGCUGCAAAUGGACCAACAACACCUGCGGCUGAUAAGAUUUUAAUUGACAGAAAUAUUCUUGUAAUACCAGAUUUGUAUAUAAAUGCUGGUGGUGUCACAGUCUCGUUCUUUGAAUGGCUUAAAAAUUUAAAUCAUGUCUCGUAUGGUCGCCUUACAUUUAAAUAUGAACGAGAAUCUAAUUAUCAUCUUCUCGAAUCUGUCCAAGAAUCUCUCGAACGUAGGUUUGGUCGUGUAGGAGGUCGUAUUCCCGUAACUCCGUCGGAGUCUUUUCAAAAGCGUAUUUCUGGUGCUUCCGAGAAAGACAUCGUUCAUUCCGGUUUGGAUUACACGAUGGAACGAUCAGCAAGGGCUAUAAUGAAAACAUCAAUGAGAUUCAAUUUGGGUCUUGAUCUUAGGACAGCAGCGUACAUCAAUUCUAUUGAAAAAAUUUUCACUACUUAUUCCGAAGCAGGACUUGCGUUUUAGACUAAUUAAAAGAAAAAAAAAGAAGUAAAAGUGAAGAAAAACAGUGAAUCUUUUUACACGUGAUGAUGUACGAGGAAACAAUAGGUUCAAAUCAAAUUAAAUGACAACAGUAUUGUUGAAAGUCCAGACAUUUAAAAAAAAAAAAUCUUUAGGAAAAUACAAUGGACAAUUAUACAUAUUAUACAUAAUAUAUAUUUAUAGUGGCGAUAUUCGCUCUAUAUACCACGCAAAAAUAGUAAAUAGCCUGGUAAAUACUUAAUCUUUUAAAUGUCCAAACGCAUCCCCACAGAGCCAGUUUAUUUUUAUUUACAAAUAUAUUUUUUGUUUGUUAAGCUUUAAAGUAUAAGAUUUUUUAGCGCCGUUCUCCUAUGAAUAAUUGUUGUGUGAUUUUGUUGUGGAGAAGAGGCAGAGCAUUUUUAUAUUUCAAUUUUUAUUAUUCUUGACACAUAAUUUUAAGACUAUCUGUAAUAUUGUUGACCAUAAUCUCUACAUGUUUGUACAUUUUUUUUAAUUGACUGGUGUCAACGGUGCUGCCUAAUAAUAAUAAUAAUAAUUGUAACCAUCCAUAUUUCCAAAUAUUUAUGAAAGUAACUUAUUUCUACGAAUUUACAGAACAGUGUAUUAUAUAUAUACGGUAAAAAAAAUUGUUAUACAACAAAGUUGUGUUAAUAAACAUUGAUAACAUUACCACGUUAUUAAA